CGAGGGAGCGGCGAGCGGGCGCGGAGCGCGGCAGGCGGGGGCGGCGCAGCCCGGUCCGGUCCGGUUCCGUCCCGUCUGUCCCUAUGGAGUUCAAGCUGGAGGCGCACCGCAUCGUCAGCAUCUCGCUGGGCAAGAUCUACAGCGCGCGGGGCCAGCGCGGCGGCCUCAAGCUCCACAAGAACCUGCUGGUGUCGCUGGUGCUGCGCAGCGCCCGGCAGGUCUACCUGAGCGAGCCCUGCUGCCCGCCCGAGCCGCCGCCCGCCGCCGCGCCGCCGCCGCCGCCGGAGGAGCCGCCGCCGCCCGCCGCAGCGUGGGCGCCCGCCGAGGAGGAGGAGCCGCCGCCGCCGGACGAGGCGCCUAGGGGCGGUGCGCGGCGGCCCGGCGCGGACUGCGAGAGCCGCCGGGCGCGGCGCUGCUGCGGCUGCUGCUGCGCGGCGGCGGGCGGCGAGGCGAGGCGCGCCGGCUGCGCCGCCGGCGGCGGGGGGGGCGCGGCGGCGGCGCCGCCCUGCUGCUCCCGGAAGCGCGGCGCCGGCGAGCGGGGCCAGGCGGGCUCCCCGGUGAAGAAGCCGCGGCGCGAGGCGGACGAGCCGCCGCCCGGCGAGCAGGAGGACAUGGAGACGAGCAACGUGGCCAACCUCAUCAGCAUCUUCGGCUCCAGCUUCUCGGGACUGCUCGGCAAGGAGCCCGCGCGGCGGCGGCGGCCGCCCCGCGACGGCGGCGAGGCGGCGGCGGCGGCGUCCGCCGAGGCGGCGCCCGAGGCGGGGCAGAUCUGCUGCGACGAGCCGGUGCUGCGGACCCUCAACCCCUGGAGCACGGCCAUCGUGGCCUUCUGACCGGCCGGCCGCGGGCGGCACAGACUCGCCCCGCUCCCUCCCUCCCCCGCCGCGGACAGACCGGCAGCCGGACGCAGAGGUGACCCCCCCCCCCCCCCCCUCCCCGGGCGGCGGCGGCUCGGGGCUCGGCAGCGCGGAGUGGCGCCGCCGCGGGGCAGCAGCGCUGGGGAGCGGCCCGGAGCGGCGCUUCCCGGCCGCGCCGGCUCGUGUUUUAAGCUUGGGAAGUAUUAAGUUUAUUAAAUAAAGUCUAUAUUUUGGAAAGGCUUAGGUCAGAACUCUUACCUGGUGCUUUUAAAAAGUGUUUUAUUGAGAGGAACAAAGUUUACAGGCGCUCUGGUGGGAAGUCCUCGGGCCUGUUCGUUGGGCUUGGUAACUCCCGGCCUUUGUUGUAUAAAGGCUCGGGGCUCUCGUGGGGAUUUUGUACAGUGUUCUCCAGUGGUGUAUCUUGUUUUGUAUAAAAUGUAACUCUACGUGUACAACACGUAUUAAAUAUUUUCAACUGUA